AUGUCAAAUUGGUUUAAAACUGCUAUUGAACAAGGCUACAUAAGAUUAUUUGAAUUUGAUUCUUUCGAGGACUUGCAAACAAUCGAUAGAGGAGGAUUUGGAACUGUAUAUAGCGCUUAUUCAAAAAAUACUGAACAAACUGUUGCUUUAAAGAGCUUACAUAAUGAUGCUCAUGAUGAUGAUCGUUUGAACAAAAUCCCAAUUGACGGAACUCCCGAAGAUUUCAUAAGUCUUUAUAGUGACGCUUGGAAUGAUGAUCCGAAUUUACGUCCUAACAUAACAGAAAUCCGUGAUAAAUUAAAAUACAUUCGAGAGCAAGAAUUUAAUCGUAGUAAUAGGAUUAGUGAUGAUUAUACAAAUUCAAAAUAUACGAUAGGUUUGUCUUAA